AUGGUGCCGGAGCCGAGCACGUCGCCGGAGCAAGACCGACGGGGGCGGCGUGGGAGGACGGCGUCGCCGAGGGGGAGGCCCACAUCUUUGGUCCGUCUCAAACGGCUAAAGUCGGACGGCGACGACGGGACGGAGCGGGACGGAGGGGCGGCGGCAUGGGAGGAUGGUGGUGAUGUGGCGUCGCCGAGGGAGGACGGUGAUGGCGACGACGCCAUACCGUAUGGCCUUAGUGGCCCUAGGUUAAUAAGCUUAACAGACCAGCCCUCGGAACCCUUUAACCCUAAUUCUCCAAGCCCCCCCCCCUAUUUAUAUGCAACUGCCCUUACCGGUUUUCUUCACCACCAUCCUCACCACUCACUAACACACACACACACACACACACCACAUUCUCAUACAAUGAAAUCCAUGGCUGCUCUCACUACUUUUGGGUUUUUCUUCCUGGGUUUCCUCUCAGUUCCCGCCGUCAACGCCGACGGCGGCUGGGUCAACGCUCACGCCACCUUCUACGGCGGCGGCGAUGCUGCCGGCACAAUGGGUGGAGCAUGUGGGUAUGGGAAUUUGUAUAGUCAAGGGUAUGGUACAAACACAGCAGCAUUAAGUACUGCUCUGUUCAACAACGGGUUGAGUUGCGGGUCAUGUUUCGAAAUCAAGUGUGUGAAUGACAACAAAUGGUGUUUGCCCGGCUCCAUUAAGGUUACCGCUACCAACUUCUGCCCACCUAACACCGCCUUACCUAACAACAACGGCGGGUGGUGCAACCCUCCACUACAACAUUUUGAUCUCUCUCAACCUGUGUUUCAACACAUUGCUCAAUACAAAGCUGGGAUUGUUCCUGUUGCUUACCGAAGGGUACCUUGUUUGAGAAGGGGUGGAAUUAGGUUCCAAAUCAAUGGUCAUUCCUACUUCAAUUUGGUGUUAGUUACAAAUGUGGGUGGUGCCGGAGAUGUACAUGCGGUGGCAGUCAAAGGGUCAAAGACCGGAUGGCAACAAAUGUCAAGAAACUGGGGGCAAAAUUGGCAAUCCAACACUUAUUUAAAUGGACAGGCCCUAUCUUUUAAGGUCACUACAAGUGAUGGCAAAACCGUAAUUUCUAACAAUGUGGUCCCGGCCGGCUGGUCUUUCGGGCAGACCUUCACGGGUGCCCAAUUCCGUUGAAAAGGACAUUUUUACCCUUAAUGGGUUGUAGGUUUAGUGGUCACCUAGUAUUUACUAUUGUAACUUUUUAGCUACUACAAUAGGUACUACAAUGUCUAUGGGCUUAGUUUCAAAGGGCCUUUUAGUCAUUUUGCUUUUUUUAGGGUUACCUUAGUAUUAAGAAAGGUUCCCUAGUAUUUUAAUAGUUGUGAUUUGUUGUUUUUGGUGUUGAAGGGCAGUGGUGAUCUUUUGCACCCGCCAGAAGAGGAUUUGACUUUUUUGCCCUUGUGGGUGGGCAUUUGGACUAGGUUAUGAUAUUGUGGUGUCUUUGUUUGCAAUGUUUUUGAUUUUAUGAGGUCUGAAGUUGUAAAUUUAGGGUUUUUAUUAGUAAUGGAAGGUGACUACAAAUAUCAUUAGUUAAGGUUGUUUGGUGUCCUAUUUAAUGUACUACAUUUAAUGGAUGAAAUACAACUAUUAAUGCUGUU